AUGUUCACAUUCUCCUUGUUCUUCACUGGGUACAUCGUGGCUAACAUUGGCCCAUUCUUGCCUCGUGUAACCGUCAAAGAAGGAUGCGCACAAGCCUGUGUAAACCAUCCAAACUGCUCCUCAUUCUUUUAUGACGUCAACACUCAUGAUUGCUACCUGGAGAAGUAUGUGUACGGUGCAAGUCACCGGCUCCAGGGUCGGAGUGGUGUUCAAUACUAUUCCCUGAGAAACAGUGCUUGUCCCGCCACCUACAUCUACAGUCGUUUCACAAACCAGUGUCUCAGGGGGCAUACAUCUUCAAGCAUGCGUUUUCCAGACGCCAAGAAACUGUGUAUGGAGAACUCAGGACAUCUCGCCUUCAUAAGAUCUGAGGAGGACAACAAACAAGCUUCCAUUGUUGCAAACGACAGAACUGUGUGGAUCGGUCUCGAACGUGCUAACAUCGAUGUUGCUUGGCGCUGGACAAACGGACAGUAUCUUGGGCUCUACACCAACUGGAAUCCCGCAAUGGAGAAUGCAACUGGUCAGAUUUAUGGCAAGAUGUUUUUUUCUGGCGUAUGGGGUGCCUAUGCCGUAAAGGGGAAGUUACAUGCUCUCUGUGAGAUUGACGUUUAGGGGAUUGACUAGGCGCUUUGGUGUCAAGAUAUAUCGAUGUUCAUUAUUCUGUAUCUCUUCAAUAGAAUGUAUACACUACUAAAUAUAUCGUGUGAGUGAGUUGGGUUUAACGCCACUUUUAACAGUAUUCCAGUUAUAUCACGGCGUGUCAGCUAAA